UGUAUGUCCCCUCACUGUGCGUGCUCGAGGCAGUGAUGAAGCAUCCCUCCCUACGACGACCUUAAUCCGUAAAAUGAUAAAAUGAAAUGAUUUCGCCGACUGGUCUUCUUUGGCUCAUGAAAAAUCAUCGUUAGUGUACACUGUGUACAUUUUAUGAUACGCAAACGGAAGUGCGUCCUGCUUGGAUACCACUUGCCUUUGGACUACAAAACCGUAACACUCUGCUGUGAACCGUAGCUCAGCACAUCAGCAUCGGCACAGCUGGACAGCGGGCACCCUGGAAGCAUUGCUUCAUCUUCACCCUCACUGGUCAUGUGGAACCCUCUAGUAAUGAUGCUCCAGUGAAGGAUAGCGAGACUGGGACAUCUCAGCUGCUUUCUGUGUGAUCACUUGACCAUCACCCAAAGCUUCACCAUUCUUCAGGCCCUCCAUUCUCCUCACAGUCUCUUCCCACUUACCCCAUCUCUGGAAGCUCUCUGACCUAUCACAAGGCCCCAAGAUGAGUGGGCUCAUCGGCAAACUGGAUCCUCGGCGGAUUCAAUGGGGGGCCACUUGGUAUGCCUUCCAGUCCCGCGUCCUGCGCACAAAGCCGGUGGAGUCCAUGCUGGAGAGCACAGGUGCCACUGGGGCUCAUGGCACCAAACUCGCCCGCGUGCUCUCCACCGUAGACCUUGUGUCUCUGGGAGUGGGAAGCUGUGUAGGUACGGGCAUGUACGUGGUAUCUGGACUGGUUGCUAAGGAAAUGGCAGGCCCUGGGGUCAUUGUAUCUUUCAUCAUUGCUGCUGUGGCCUCCAUCCUGUCAGGGGUGUGCUAUGCUGAGUUUGGUGUGCGCGUGCCUAAAACCACAGGUUCGGCCUAUACUUACAGCUAUGUGACGGUGGGCGAAUUUGUGGCUUUUUUCAUUGGCUGGAAUCUGAUUUUGGAGUAUCUGAUUGGCACAGCAGCAGGGGCCAGUGCGCUCAGCAGCAUGUUUGACUCGUUGGCCAAUCACACCAUCAGUGGCUUCAUGAUCAACCACAUAGGAACGCUCAAUGGCCUGGGUAAAGGUGAGGAGUCGUAUCCUGACAUCUUGGCCCUCGUCAUAGCCAUCCUUGUCACAGUGAUAGUUGCUCUUGGUGUGAAGAACUCAGUGGGCUUCAACAACGUGCUGAACGUCAUUAACCUGGUGGUGUGGGUGUUCAUGAUGAUUGCAGGCCUGUUUUUUGUUAGUGGGAGCAACUGGGAUGAAGGACGAUUCCUGCCGUAUGGCUGGUCAGGGGUCAUGCAGGGUGCAGCCACUUGCUUCUAUGCCUUUAUAGGAUUUGACAUCAUAGCCACAACCGGAGAGGAAGCCAAGAGUCCAAACACCUCCAUCCCCUACGCCAUCACUGCCUCUCUGGUCACUUGCCUCACUGCCUAUGUCUCUGUCAGUGUGAUCCUCACCCUAAUGGUCCCCUACACUGAAAUUGAUACAGAUGCUCCACUGAUGGAAAUGUUUUCUCUACAUGGCUUUCAAACUGCCAAAUACAUAGUGGCCAUCGGCUCCAUUGCCGGACUUACAGUCAGUUUGUUGGGCUCUCUGUUCCCACUACCGAGAGUCAUCUACGCCAUGGCAGGAGAUGGUUUGCUUUUCAGGUUCCUGGCCAAUGUGAGCACAUACACAGAGACUCCAGCAGUGGCCUGUGUAGUAUCAGGGUUUCUCUCAGCUCUGCUGGCUUUGCUCGUCAGUCUGAGGGACCUGAUUGAGAUGAUGUCCAUUGGCACCUUGCUAGCCUACACGCUAGUAUCAGUGUGUGUGCUCCUGCUGCGUUACCAGCCUGAAGGAGACAUCCAUGGCUUUGUCAAUUUCCUCUCAGAGCAGAAUGCCAAGCGUAAAGAGGGCGUGUUGGCUGAGUGUGAGAAGGAAGCCUGCUCACCGGUCAGUGAGGGUGAUGAUUAUGGAGGACCUCCAUCCAACACCUGUGGAGCAAAGAACCUCCCAUCCCUGAGUGACAAUGAGAUGCUGAUUGGUAAGCCUGACAAGUCCAUCUACACUGCCAGUCACCCCAACUAUGGUACCGUGGACAUGUCCUCAGGCAUUGAAUCGGAUGAGACAGAUAGUGUGUACCUGUUAAAGCUAAAGAAGCUGCUGGGGCCACGCUACUACACCAUGCGCAUUCGUCUUGGCCUACCGGGCAAGAUGGACCGGCCCACUGUGGCCACCGGGCGUAUUGUCACCCGCUGCGUCAUCCUGCUCUUCGUCCUCAUAUUCUGUUUCUGCUCCCUCAUCAUCUUUGGGUCAAGUCAGAUAGCAGAGGGUCAAUGGUGGGCUGUGCUACUGCUGGUGGUGCUAAUGCUGGUCAUCACGCUCUUGAUCUUUAUCAUCAUUCAGCAGCCUGAGAACCCCAAGCGUCUGCCGUACAUGGCCCCCUGCGUACCCUUUGUCCCAGCCUCCGCUAUGCUGGUAAACGUUUACCUGAUGCUCAAGCUCUCCAGCAUCACAUGGAUCCGUUUUGGUGUAUGGUGCUUUGUGGGUGUUCUGAUCUACUUUGGCUAUGGCAUGUGGAACAGCACCCUAGAGAUAAUGGCGCGUGAAGAGGAGGCCCAUGCAAGCACAUACCAGUGCUAUGACAUGGGCGUGGAUGACAAUUUAGCAGUGGAUGAUGAUCUGUACCCUUCAGGUGACGGGGGGCAGCGCCAAAGCUGGGGCUCCCAUGGGCACCAGAAACAGCAAUGCCAGGAGCAGAGGGAGCCUCAGCCUGAUGGCCUGGACAGUGUGGACAACCACAGGACCUCCUCUUCCUUCUCACACAGCAGGGCCAAAAGCAAAGCUGCCAAAGCUGCUCCAGGUUUUGAGGCAUUGGUGGUCGACGAUGAUUUGGAUGAUCCUUUGGAAUGAGAAUGUAAUUUGAAUGUACUUGUCUGCCAACAACUGCAGAACCCUUGGGCUAGGUUGUUAUCUCUCUGCAAUUAAUAUUUAUUUUAUUCCCAUUCCUUGAUUUGCAGCCCUUUUUCACUAUUGAUAGGAUAGUCAGACUGGUCAGGAUGUGAUUUAUCUUUUAAAUACAUCAUGAAUCUUUUUUGUAUCACAGAAAUCCAAAUAUCCCCUUUUUUUCCCUAUUCAUUUAACAUUUUGGUCCUUAGUUCUUAUUGCAUUCAAGUUAGAGUGCUUGUCAGACUCACCAAAAUACAGCAGUCUCAUGACAACUAGUAAUCAUUUUAACAGAUGGCAAAAUAGUAAAAUAUCAUACGUCUUGGUAUGUCUUUUAUUCCCAUAGAGUGAACCAAUCAACAAACAGAAUUUAAAAUCAAUAAAAUAAAAAAUACAGGCAUCAAAUUUAGCUAGCCCCCAAUCUAACACGUUUGGUAACUCAUUCCAUAUUUAUUUAUGCAAUACAAAUUACUAUAUACAGUAUGUCAAUAACCUGUAAAAAGCUUCCCUCAUCUUGUUCCAAACCAUGAUGUUUUCUUUCUUCCAUGUUACACAAGUUAUUUUCCUAUUAAAAUCAUGGUUAAGUUUGGUUUUGGGUAAGGGGUUAGACUUUAAGGUUAGGUUUAGGUUUGAUUGAGAGGUUAAACAGGACCAAUCGUAAUAACAUAAUUUGUUGUACAAGCCAACUUGUUUGAUUACUUAUGAUUUUGCCAUCUCAUUCUAUUAUUACAACUUGUUGGGUUGGACUCACCAAGCAUCUAAAUAUGAUAUUGUUAAUAUUGUUUAACUUCUCCCCCAAAUGGCAUUAACUAGCAUGAUAUUUAUUGCCCUCUUUUGAGUAGUUUGCUGCAGCCCAGUCAGUUAUCACAGUCCCAUACCUUUCCCCGAAACGACCCUUUACCAACUGGUCAAUAUAAAACCAGUGGACACAUUGCCAUGGGAAGCCCUUGCUGCAGUAGUUCACCUUAAAACACUGUGCAAUUUGCACAGACUUUUGUUAUUUGAGAAACUCAGAUGCUACUCUAGCUUUUCUUAAUCAACUUUAAAAUUGAAUUUCAAAAAGGUUAGUUUUGAGAAACAAACAUAGAGGACAGCCAAUAUGGCCCCACAAUGAGAUAGUUGUGAUUGACGUAAGCAGAGAAUCAAAGGCCUCUUUCUCUUCCACUCUAACAUCUAGCCCAAGUGAGGUUUGGACAGUAAGUUUUCACAAAUAGUAAUUGGAAUUUGCUUGUAAUAGUGCCUUCAUCUGUCUGUGUGUGCUUUAAAUAUGACCAUCAAGACGUCCAUACUUGUUUGUUUUUCAUUUUUGUCUGUCAGUAUGUUUUUUGUAGUGUUUUUUACAUAAGGAGGCAUAUCCAUGGUUGUUAUCUGGUGAAGGUUUGUGUGCCUGUCAGCCAUCAUAUUUCACUACCGACCAUUCAUUCAUCCUUUGUGCAGGUGACACAGAUUCAUCCUUGCAAGCAGGCAGCUCUGUGUAAAUAACGAUGGUGUGACCACAGUACGAUAUGUGUCUCUUGGCCAGUCAGUGUCCCUUCAAAAUGGAAAAAAG